GCAAAAGAAAAAGUUAUGUAUGAAAAAGAAGCAAAACAGCAAGAAGAAAAGAUUGAAAAAAUGAAAGCUGAAGCAUGUGAUGAUUAUGGAAUUAAGAAGCAGAUCGAGAUCUUACAAGAGUCACGAAUGAUGAUUCCAGACUGCCAGCGCAGAUUAGAAGUUGCACAUGCAGAUCUUACUCAACUACUAGAAAAUGAAAAAGAAUUGGAAGAAGCUGAAGAGUAUAAAGAAGCACGUUCCAUACUGGAGUCAGUGAAGCUGGAAGCUUAGUUUUUCAGUAGUCUCUUUAUAUGCAUUAGCACUGGGUCCAUUCCACACUUUCUUUUGACUGUGGCUCUGUUCCUAUUGUUGACUUGCUAAGGUUCCCUUUAUGCAAACUGGCCUUUCUCUUGACUGCAAGAUGCAUCAAAUAAAGGAUGUUCUGAAACAUCUGUGUGUUCCAUAUUCAGGCAAAAUAGAAACAUUUCCAGUUCACCUCA